UUUUUUCAAAUGGGAAGACCCAUCUCUAAGCAAUUUUCUACCGUGAAAAUCAGUCUCCUUUUUGGUAAAUUACAUGAGUGCAAAGAAUUUUCAUUUUCGCGGGUCCUUUUUAAUCGCCAUAUCAACUGAACUUGGAAGGCGAAUUUAAUUUUUCAUCAUUAAAUACUUUGUUCACUGAAACUUAAAUUUCGUAUCGUUUUCCGUAAGAAAAAAAAACAAUAAAAUCACAAAAAUAAAAAGCAAAACUUAAAUAUACAUUUAUAUUCAACCAAUUUUAAAUAAACCAAUAUGUCGAAAAAUGAAUCGAACUUGUCUCACCCUCAAGGAUUUCCUAGAAGAGUUUUGAACAGAACGUUUACGGCUCCAUCGAAUUAUUAUUUUGGAAACUAUGAAGGUGACAUUACAAUGUUUCGAGGUCCUUAUACAUCGUCACCAAGAAAAAUCAAUUAUUCCUCCUUGAGUAGUUAUUGUUCUGAUUCCGAUGAAGAAUACACUAAUUUAACUCGUUUCGAUGAACCUUCCAAUACUUUGGAGACUUUAAGAAAUCGUCUAUUUCUCUAUGAGCUAUCACCGACAUUAUCAAAUGUUAUUUUAAAAAGUACCUUCUAUCAAAAACUUAUUCAAAUUAACACAAUUCUUAUAUUCAUAACUGCUUUAAUAGUUUUAUCAUCAUUUGAUAUUGCCAAGCGGGUUUUGAAAUUUGUUCAUUGUAAAAGAUUUUAUCUUUAUUAUUGGAUUAAUUAUUUAAGGCAUAAUUUAGCACCAAUAAGUGGUUCUUUAGUUGUAAUGUUUAUAUUUGGAUAUUGUUAUUAUAUAUGUUUUCGAAGUUCCUAUGAAAUUGUUAAUUUAAUUAGUUAA